UAGCACAGGACCCAAGCACACAUGCACACGCAUCCUAUCAAGAUGAAAAGAGGCCUAUUAGUACUUUGGUCCUUGUUCUGCCUCUGGGUGGCAAACACUGCUACUGGCAGCAAGCCCAAACACCCUGUUGAGUUUGAUCAAUUGAUAUAUGUUUCACAAAAACAGCAUGCAUCUGUGAACAGCAGCACUGCUAGUUCAUCAGUGCAUGGUGGCUCACAAGAUUAUCUGCGGGAGAAGGAUAAGAUCAGAGCAAUGCCAGGUCAGAAGGAAGAAGCAAAAUUCGACCAAUAUGCAGGAUAUGUCACGGUUGAUGCAAAUGCUGGAAGGGCUUUGUUCUACUAUUUUGUUGAGGCUCCUCACGAUCCUUCGAAGAAACCACUAGUCCUAUGGCUAAAUGGAGGCCCUGGUUGUUCAUCCUUUGGAGCUGGAGCCAUGCUAGAACUUGGACCGUUCUCUGUCCAUAGUGACAACAAGACACUGUACAAGAAAAGCCAUGCAUGGAACACAGUGGCAAAUAUGCUGUUUGUUGAUAUCCCAGCAGGUGUUGGGUACUCAUACUCCAACACAACAUCAGACUAUCACAACACUGGUGACAAAAAAACCACAGAUGAUGCAUACAUAUUCCUUGUCAAUUGGCUAGAGAGAUUUGUUGAGUACAGGGAUCGUGAUUUCUUCAUAACUGGCGAGAGCUACGCUGGCCACUAUGUACCAGAGCUAGCUAAUUUGAUUAUUUCUAAUAACCGAGCCAGCAACACAACUAAUGUCAAGCUUAAAGGUGUUGCCAUUGGCAAUGCUGACUUGCAGUACAACUUGACUCUAAGAGCAACAUUUGAUUACUUCUGGAUGCAUGCUAUGAUUUCUGGAAAAACCUACAGAACUAUCCAGGCCAGUUGUAGCUUCAACGACACAUAUACUAACGAUUGCGAUAAUGCCAUGAACUUAGCUCUGAAGGAAAAAGGUAAUGUCGAUGACUAUAGCAUCUAUACACCAAUAUGUCAGGAUGCCUCCAGUCCUGCCAGAUCAAGUGACUCGGUGGUGUUCGGUGAUCCUUGCACAAGUCACUAUGUCUCCUCUUACCUAAAUCGUCCUGAGGUCCAAAGAGCCUUACAUGCAAACACGACAGGGUUGAGCUACCCAUGGAUGGAUUGCAGCAGUCCAGUUGUGUUCGAUAACUGGAAAGAUUCUCCGGAGACCAUGCUGCCAUCAAUCAAGAAACUCAUUUCAAGAGGCACAAGGGUAUGGUUGUACAGCGGUGAUAUGGAUGCAGUAUGUUCUGUCACAUCGACCCAAUAUGCGCUAGAUAUUCUUGACCUGCCCACAGAAACAUCUUGGCGCCCAUGGCGCAUCGACAAGGAGGUUGCCGGCUAUGUGGUUGGCUACAAGGGCCUGGUGUUUGUGACAGUCAAAGGAGCAGGGCACAUGGUCCCUUACUAUCAGCCCCGCAGGGCGCUAGCGCUAUUUUCAUCCUUCCUAGAAGGAAAGCUUCCUCCACAAUGAUCUAAUAAGCUACAAGGACUGGUGAAUGCCAUGCCGAGUACCUUCGGCAAUCGUACCAGACCACCGGCAAUCGAUAAGGCCCUAUAAUAUAUACACAUACUUGCAGCUUGGCUUCAGUUUAAUUUCCAGCGAAAGGGAAGGAAAUUAUGUAAUCUCGAGAGUCAAUUUAUAGCUCUCUUAUGUAAUGUAGCUAACAUAAAUUCAGGUGGCAGUACUAAAUCCUGGAAAACAAAUGCAUAAUCCUUGUCCAUCUCUUGAAAA